UCCGGUCUUCCCUUUACAGUCUCUACACCGUGUGGAGCCCGACACGCAUGUCACGGCAAAUGCCAAGACCGAGUCACCACGCUGGCGGUGACCGUACCUGUGUGAGUACCAUUUAGGACCCGAAGCUAAGCUGGUCAUUAACUAUACCAUGUUCGCGCGCGCCGCCUACUGAACGUAGCCAUCGCCAUUCGCCAUGCCAUCCGUGAAGGUGAAGCCUCCAUCCCCAGCGCCGGCCCUCGUGCUCCUCCUCUUCGCGGCAAGCUUCGCAGUUUCCCAGGCGCGGAUAAUCUGCGGCGACUCUGCUGCAUCUCCCUCCCCGGCACCAGCGCCGUCGUCAACCACCUCCAACAGCACUGCGUUCGCUGCCAACCUCCAAACUCUCCUGAACGCGCUCCCCCAGGCCACGGCUCCCACGGGCUUCGCCUCCCUGUCCUUGGGCACCGGCCGCGACCAGGUCUUCGUCCGCGGCCUCUGCCGUGGCGACACCGCGCAGUCCACGUGCCUCGCCGACCUGAUAGAGGCCGUCCAGGACUUGAGCGGCCGGUGCCCCUCCAGCCGGAGCGCGGGGCUAUGGUCCUGGAGGUGCUACAUCAGCUACGCCGACACCAACGACUCGGCCGCCUACGAGCAGCGAAUCUACGACACGGUCUACGAUAGCCGCACGCUGGCCGACCCGGACAGCUACCAGCGGUCGUACUACGCGCUGAUGAGUCGCCUUGUGGCGCGCGCGGCAGGCGGCGGCGGCAACAGAUCGACGAGGACGAGCAUGUUCGCCACCGGGGAGGCGGUGUACGCGCCCGGCGACCCGAACGGGACCCUGUACGGGAUGGUGCAGUGCAUGAGGGACCGCAGCGACGCCGAGUGCGAGCGGUGCCUGCAGGGGCUGGUGCCGCGGCUGCCGGCGUGCUGCUGGAGAAACCAGGGAGGGGUGGCGCAGAACUUCAACUGCCACCUGCGGGUUCAGCUAUACACCUACUAUGACCUGGCGCUCGACGCGCCGCCUCCGGCUCCGGCUGCUCCACCAUCGCCGCCGGUGCCAAUACGCGGAAACAGGAGAUCGUCCAACCGUGCCGUCGUCCUCGCAGCCGCGCUCUCAUCGCUUGGAGCGCUGCUCGUGCUACUCUUCGCGCUCGUCUGCCUUUACACGCAGAGAAGGAUAAGGUCGAACAAGACACCACCACGAGCACGAGAUGAUGCUAGAGAAGAUACUUCGGAGCAAUUUACUCUGCCGUUGCUGAGGGCUGCGACGGGAAACUUCGCCGCGGAAAACAAGCUUGGAGAGGGAGGUUUUGGGCAGGUUUUCAAGGGUAUACUGCCGAAUGGGCAAGUGAUAGCAGUGAAAAGGCUCUCCCAGAGUUCAGCACAGGGAUUCCACGAGCUGAAGAAUGAGCUGCUGCUGGCCGCCAAGCUUCUGCACAGGAACAUCGUGCGGCUCCAUGGGGUCUGCUUGGAGGAGCGAGAGAAGCUGGUGGUGUACGAGUAUCUGCCCAACAGGAGCCUCGACACCGUCCUUUUCGAUGAUGGUCGGCGGCGCCGGCGGCAUGGCCUAGACUGGCAGAAAAGGUACACCAUCAUCUGCGGGAUCGCUCGUGGCCUGUUAUAUCUCCACGAGGAGUCCCAGCUGAGGGUCAUCCACCGAGACCUCAAGCCGAGCAAUGUCCUGCUCGACGAGAACAUGAACCCCAAGAUCUCGGAUUUCGGGCUGGCUCGAGCAUUCCGGGGAGACCAGUCCAGAGACGUCACCAAGCGACCAGCUGGUACCCUUGGGUACAUGUCGCCGGAGUACGCUUACAGCGGCCACGUUUCCACCAAGUCGGACAUAUACAGCUUCGGCGUCAUUGUGUUGGAGAUUGUCACGGGCCGGAGGAACAACGGCCCCUGUCAAGACGCCGACGCCGACAACUUGUUAAGCGAAGUAUGGGACAAGUGGAGGUCUGGAAAAGCAGCGGAGAUGGCGGACGGGUCGCUGGGCGACCACUACCCUCGGUCUGAGAUGCUCAACUGCGUGCACAUCGGGCUCCUCUGCGUCCAGAAGAAACCGGCGAUGAGACCCGACGCGUCGGAGGUCGUGCUAAUGCUGAGCAGCCAGUCCAUGUCACGGCGGACGCCCUCCCGGCCAGCAUUUUACUCCGGCCACUCCUCUACCAGCGGCAGCGACUCACAUGUUAGUGGUGUAAACGUCUCAGAGAAUGGCGUGACCAUGUCUGAUCUUCAAGCUCGGUAGUUUAAUUGGUAGAGAAAAUGGAGAAGAUCAAGGGUCCAAUACAUUUGGUACCUGUACAGAAGUAGUUAUACCAAGGAAAAAAUGACCAAUAUUACCUCCUGAUAGGAUAGCUUCAUCA